AUGACUGCAGAGGCAGACCCACAACUGGGCAGCUUGACCAUCUUCAGCAAGGAGGAUUUCGAAGAGGACUGGGUUAAGGUGGCCAGUGGAGGCUUUGGGUGCGUGUACCAAGUCAAGCACAGGAGGUGGAGGACGGUCUAUGCGGUGAAAUGCUCCCCGUACCUGCUGCAGGACUCCAGCGCAGACAGAAACAAUGUGAACUGCCUAAUGGAAGAGGCCACCAAGAUGGAGAAAAUCAAAUUCCAGCACAUUGUCACUAUCUAUGGGGUCUGCAACAGCCCUCUGGGCAUAGUGAUGGAAUAUAUGGCCAGAGGGUCCUUGGAAAAAAUUCUCCCCACUCACAAAAUGUCCUGGCAGCUCAAAUUCCGGGUUAUCCACGAGAUGGGCUUGGCUAUGAAUUUCCUGCACAGCAUGACACCUCCUUUGCUUCACCUAGAUCUAAAGCCAGGGAACAUUCUCCUAGAUGGCAAUAUGCAUGUCAAGAUCUCAGACUUCGGGCUCUCCAAAUGGAUGGAGCAGUCGAGCCGAAUGCAAUACAUUGAAAGCUCUGCUCUGAGAGGCACUUUGAGCUACAUCCCCCCCGAAAUGUUCCUCCAGAACACCAAGCCCCCAGGAAUCAAAUACGAUGUGUACAGCUUCGGAAUCGUCAUUUGGGAGGUGCUUAUGCAGAAGAAACCUUAUGCAGGAGCCAACAUGAUGGCCAUUAUAGUCAAGGUUGCAGCAGGAAAGAGGCCGUGCCUGGAGCCCACCCGCGAUGACUGGCCGGGGGAGUGCCAGCAGAUGGUAGACUUGAUGAAGAGGUGCUGGGACCAGGACCCGAAGCAGCGCCCGAGCUUUACAGAUAUCCCUGUGGAAACAGACAUGCUGCUGUCCCUGAUACAAAGCCUCGUCGUAGAUCCGGAGAACGAGCGCCUCGUCAGGAAGAUGUCCCACAAGCCUGCCAUCUCGGGCAGCCAGCAGAGUGACAAAGAAGAGUUUAUCUUCUCCCAAGCCCCCAGAAGUGCCGAAACGGGUAAAGAGGAGGUCCAUGUGCCACCUUCUCAGGGUGAGACUGAAAGUCCCAAGGACGUCCUGUCCGAGGAGAUCUGCAGAGUCCACGACAACGGCCUGACGCUGCUUCACGUCAUGGUGAUCCAGGGAGACGUGGACAAGGUGAAGUUUCUCCUGAGCUGUAGAGCCGAUGUGAACAGCCAGGCGGUCUGCGGCUACACCCCGCUCAUCAUGGCUGUUCAGAGGAGGUCCCCGGAGAUCUGCUCGGUGCUGAUAGAGCACGACGCGGACAUCAACAUGCCCGACGAGGAUGGUUGGACGCCUCUUCACUUCGCAGCUCAGAAUGGGGACGACAGAAUUGUCCGCCUCCUGCUGGACCACCAGGCGCAGGUAAAUGCUCAGGAGCACGACGGGUGGACCCCCCUGCACUUGGCAUCACAGAACAACUUUGAGAACGUGGCCCGCGUGCUGCUGUCGCGCCAGGCUGACUCCAACACCCAGGAGGUAGACGGGAAAACAGCCCUCCACGUGGCAGCCUGCUUUGGGCACGUCAGCUUGGUCAAACUCCUCGCCAGCCAAGGGGCAGACCUGGAGAAGAAGCAGAAGAACCACAGGACGCCGCUUCAUGUCGCGGUGGAGCGGGGGAAGUUCAGGGUCGUCCACUACUUGCUGAAGAACGGGGCCUCCGUCAACAGCCUGGAUCAAAACCACUACAGCGCCCUGCACCUGGCCGUGGCCAGGGGGAAGUACCUGAUCUGCGAGAAGCUCAUCAAAUAUGGAGCCAACGUGGAGCUGAGGACAGACAAAGGCUGGACCCCGCUGCACCUGGCUUCUUUCAAAGGGCACAUUGAAAUCAUCCACCUGCUGAAGGACAGCCACGCCAAGCUGAAUGCCAGAGGAAGCAUGGACUGGACGCCGCUUCACCUGGCCACUCGCUACAGCGAAGAGCCGGUGGUCUGCGAGCUGCUGAGAUGUGGGGCAGACCCCAACAUCGCCGAGAAGUCAGAGUGGGCCCCCCUGCACUUUGCAGUCCAGCGGGGCUCCUUUCUGACCGUCAUCAACCUGCUGGAGUGCAGGGCAGAUGUCAAUGCCAAGAACAAAGUGGGCUGGACACCCUUGCACCUUGCUGUCCUCAAGGGCAAUAUGGCCAUUAUCAAGACCUUGAUUAAGGCCGGUGCUCUGCUGGAUGUGGAAGAUAUUACUGGCUGUACAGCCCUCCAGCUGGCAAUUAGACAUCAGAAGGAAAAUAUCAUUACGCUGCUCCAAGGCAAGGACUCAAUGAUGAAUAAAUCAGGGAAUAGGACUCUGGUGAAUGAUGCUAAGAUUUCAAGACCCAGAUUUGUUCCAAGAAGGACAGAUUUGUAGACUCAUCAAGUCUGGCAUUUACGACUUGAGUUUUCCAACAUCAGGUGCUAUGUCUUAAACCACCAUCUCCUGGCACCUGCUGAUUGCAGGAGAUUUUUUUUUUCUUUAAUGGAAGUUCCGAAGUAUAAACACUAAAAAAGUAAAAGUACACAGAGCUAUAGAAGGAAGAUGACAAGUUACUUUUGAGAGUCUGACCAAGUUUGUAGAAGUUAAUAGUUGAGUCUGAUCCAGUUUAUAGUUGACUUUGUGAUGUUGGCGUUAGGCAAUGCUUUCCUGUUGUGAUACUCAUUGUAUCACAAUGGAGAUGGAAAUGGAUAUAUGAACUCCCUUUUUAUAAGGACAAUGCUGGAACUGCACAGCAGUGCACAUAUAUACAUGUCUUCCACAGAUUUUAUUUCUUUUAUUCCAUGUUUUCCUACAGAGCAGAUUGGUGUAAAAUGGCUUGGCACAGGUGGGAAUUGAAUCUUGAGAUUCUCACCUGCUGCUGGAAAUAGACACUAAGCAUAUGGUACAGCAAUGUGUCAGAUUUUCUGACAUCUCAUUUUUGUAACAAGAAUCUUUAUUAAAAAUAAAACUAGGAAGAAAAAUCACUAGUAAGAACGAUUUAAAUGGGUGCAACACAGAGAAAAAAAAAAGAAAAGAAAAGAAAACAAAACAAAAAACUUCCUGAAUAAUUCCACCCCAUCCUUUCAGAGAAAAUUUUAAAAAGGAGCCAAGAGCUUUUUUUUCAUGAACGUUCGAAUUAUUUAUUGACCACCUCCAUGGUUCAGGCUUUCAGCACUGAAGCUGUCAUUGGAAAGAUGGCUUGAAGGACUUGAAGGAUAAGCCAAGAAAGGGUGCAGUUCUGGAUCCUGUUCUCUGCUGUGAAGGCUGCCAAUAACCUCCAGUCCUAGUGACAAAAUGCUGUUUUAAGAUUUUCACAGGUUAAAAGAGUUCCUUCUUAGAAAAGCAGUAUUUAAUCUGGGUAACCAAAUCUCAUGGCCUGCUUUUUUAAAGACACUGAGUAGCUGGGAGCUUACUUUGCAUUUCUGUGGGAGCAGUCAGGUGGGGCUUGCUUGCACCCCUUAGCUGCAGGUUAUUAGCACACAAGGCUUGAUUAUCCUUCUGGAAAACAUGCAGUCUUCACGGAUUUGAUCAUUUUGGUCUCAGACCCUGCAGUGCUUGCACAGCAGUGCUCAGCAAGUAACAGCCCCCAGCAGCCCUCCUCCAGGUCCCAGCCAUCAUGCCAACAGGUCAUUUUGCCCCAGCAGUGAGCUCUAGAACAAUAACUCUGGUAGCUGUGCUCAGCCUGCAAAGCAGCAGAGCUGUGCUGGAGGCUGUGUCUCCUCCAGCUGGAUGGCUCUUACUGUUUUCAUUUGCUCUGCUGGUGUUCCAGUGCCAUCUUUGGUGCUUUACCCACUCAGAAAGGCUGGGUCUUUAGGGUCUCAAGGGUCUUUACCUUGUGUGAGCAGGGUGAAUGGUAGAAGACAUGGAACUCCUCGAAACAAGCAGAGCUGCCCUAACACCGGGGGGUUGUGCCCAGUAGCUCCCUGCAGGCUCCCUGCAGCUCCCCUGCAGUGUCUGGGGGCUGCUGGUUGUAUGGGGAAAGCUGGCAGCUGGCUGGGCAGGACAGAGCAAGGGGGUUGGAACAGAAACAUCAGGCUUCAAGUGCUCUGUGGAAAUGAUGAUAUAUUGUCAAGAGUGAGUCAUAACUGUAUCUCAGUGCUCGGCACAGCGUGCUUUUCCUUAGAUUAGCUUUAACCCACUGAAGCUCUCUGGACUGCGCUAAAUAAAAGAUCAGGUGGGAUGGCUGUAAUGACCACGUCUGCUAUUAAAAAACUCUUAGUCACUCCUUGCGCAUUUAUUUUCUUUUGAUAUGUGACCAGCUGGAGAUGUAACGAGGGCUUUGCCUUAAACCAGGCGGAGGGAGGGGGCAGCAGCGUCCUCGACUGGGCUCUGGGCUCUGGAACCUGCCUCGCCUGGUGGGAACAGGGCUGGUGUCUGCAACAAAGCCCUGCUGUUUUCUGCCUUCGGAUCCUGAAGGAAACCUUCCCCAUUUUUCAUAUGCCAAAAAGGUUUUCUUCUUCUGGCUGUCUUCAGAAGACUAACUUUAUUACAACAUGAUGGGAUGUAAUUGACUUUGUUUUCAAUUGAACCAUUUUCUGUGGGGAAAUGGAUGAUG